UGAAUAAUCAAUGAAAAGGUUUAUCCAUGCAAGCUUCAAACCAAAGUCAAGGAUGUCGAUCCUUCCAGGGGAGUCCAAAGUUCCAAGAUUGUUUAUCCAUGCAUCAUUUUGUCGAUCUACUAAGAUUAAAUUGUCUCGUUGUAGUUGCAAGACUGGAACAAUAGACGGCAGUUUACACCACCCAGUGACUUCCAUGCUGACGCGAUGAAUGAUUAUUUCAUUUCUCAGGCAGUGAUAGAAAAUACCAGAGCAAAUGAUAUACACAAGCGAGUUCCCUUUUUAGUACCGCUUACUAGCAGGGUUAAGAUUUUCACUACACAACUAGCAGCAGCUAGGCAAAGGAAUGGAUCUCUUGCUGUUUUUGCCAGAAACCGGUUUAGAAUUCGACGAAAUCAUAUAUUGGAAGAUGCUUUCAGUCAGAUGAGUGCAUUGUCUGAAGUUGAUCUUCGAGGAUCGAUACGUGUGUCUUUUGUUAAUGAAUUUGGAGUUGAGGAGGCAGGAAUUGAUGGUGGUGGUAUUUUUAAAGAUGUCAUGGAGAACAUUACACAGGCAGCCUUUGACGUGCAGUAUGGUUUAUUUAAGCAAAUUGCUGACCAUUUGCUCUACCCCAAUCCUGGUUCGGGAAUGAUACAUGAGCAACAUCUCCAGUUUUUCCAUUUCCUCGAAGUUCUUUUGGCAAAGGUCAUGUUUGAAGGAACUCUUGUUGAUAUACUUUUUGCAACAUUCUUCUUGAGCAAGUUAAAACAGAACUUUCAAUAUCAGGUUCACUGGACAGCUUGGAUGUUGAUGACCUACGGACACAUACUACUUAUUCAAGUGGUUAUCAUAGGGAGCAUUAUGUCAUUGAGAUGUUUUGGGAAGUUAUCAAAAGUUUCUCAGUGGAAAACCAAAAGAAAUUUCUGAAGUUUGUAACUGGUUACUCUCGAGGACCACUUCGUAUCCUCAUUAUUCUUAAUUAUUUGUUUUGGUUUCCCUUAAGGGGAUAAGUUGGUUCCUUCUAGAGCUUAAACUAAUUUAUCCUGCUAGCAAAAAUCAUGUGAAAAAGUAACUCAGUAUGAGACAAGGUACAUUUCUGACUAGUACUUUAUU